AUAAUUUCCUUCCUGUGACGUAGACCGACGCGUUACUGUGUUUUGAGUUUCAGCGCGAAGUGUUGCCUGUCUCUAUGCGGUUUAAACGAUGGAAACACACUCCGGUGUUAGUUUGAUGGUCAUGUAUGAGGAUGAAUCGGUCAAUGUUCGCUAUGGAAACGGAGUCGAGCUGCAGCUGUCGCCGUGUGGCUGUGACUUCAUGCUGGUGAAAGGCAGAGACCCCUGCGGACAUCCUCUGCAGCCCACUGAGAGGCUCCGACAGAGGACCAGGUUCACCAUCAGCACUUACAAGGAGUUGAUGAAAGCUGCGUUGGCAUUUAGGAAUAAAUAUGCUAGUCGACCAUAUCUACCAGAGGAACUCAUCCCUUCUGUCCACAAAAAGCCUUUUUUCAGUAUUAACUCAGAGGUGCACUGGCCUGACUGGUCCUCCUGUGAUGCUGAGCUCGGACAAGGAGGCGAGACCGUCGUCAGGUCGGAGGAGGGACGAGCUGCGCUGAUGCUGUCGCCCUCGGGUGAGGAAUUCUCUGUGGAAUUCACAUGCAGCCUCAGCCAGACUCACAAUCAGCAGCGCAGCGUGCAGCAUUUGAACAGAGACCCUGACGACAGCCCGGUCAGUCAGCUGCAGCAGCACGUGAGCAGUCUGACCUUUCAGGGGAAUGAUGAGACCAAAGAGGGAAAUAGAAGGAAUCAGCCAAUUAGAUCCAGAUCCUGUUCUUCUGGGAUUAUCACCCACAGCGCUGCUCAGCCAAAGCCAGAGGAGAUUUACCAGUCCACCACAGUGGUCCAGCAUCACUCCUGCUGUGCCAUUCCCCCAACUUGGCGCUACCCUCUCUCCCUGGCUCGCCAUCACUGGACAGCUCGUCUCUCUCAACCUCCAGAAGAUGUUGAAGUGGAGGGAAACAGGCUUUUCAGCCAGGCAGACAGGAGAGUAGACACAUUAACUAUUGGAGAGAGAAGGUCUGGCCUUCCUCAGGCACUGCCUCUCACGUGUCCAUCACCUCACUGGCACAGGUGGAAGGUUAAAGACCCCCUGGCCACAAAAGAACAAUCAGAUCAAGACUUUCCAACAGAGCUUGUGAAGGUGAUGUGGUGUCAAGGAGUGACCUACAGGAUACUAAAUGGAGCUGUCUCAGUCAUAGAGGUUUCUCCGGGAGAUGGAUCAGUCAUACGGUCUAAUGGUGUCCUUAACACUUAUUUUACCCAUCACAAGCCUGAGCUCCAGUCAGGGAGGGUGAAAGAGGUAACGUACCAUCUGAACAGUCUUCCACCUGAUGUGCCUGGACAGGUGUACUCUAUAUGCUCUAUUGUGAAUCGUGCGAGCAGGAUCCUCACUUGCUACAACCAGGCCAGGCAAUCACUGAAGCUCCCCGCCACACCCAGCUGCUUACAAGAGGAUAGAAAUCUUUCUAAACCAGCAAUACUUGAAGUAAACCUGACCAAUGCUGCACCUGUUGAAACAGUAGAAAGUCGGUCAGAUCUUGUAGCUGCAGAACUGGAGAAGAUAAAACGAUUCAACUUUCUGCUGGAGAACAGCUACCUGCUGAGAAGUGAGAAAAGAUGUGCAGAACUGGAAGAUAGUUCUGCAGAAGGGGUGACUCAUGAGCCAGUGAAUGAGAGCUGCAUUGCUGAGGCUCUUCAAAGAACAUCCAAAGCCAUACAGGACAUCGACGCUCUCAUAUCUGCCGCCUCGCUGACUUGAAAGAGACCUUCUUAUGAGAAAAGUUUUAGCUUGACUGAAGAUAUGAAGUCAUUUUACUGCUAUGUGUGGAGACUCAAAUAAAGUGGUGAUUGGUUUUUAA